AUGUAUAUGCAAAACGAGCAACAAUCCGGAAGCGACCCCAACUCCCGCGCCCAGCAAACCGACAUUUCCCACCUGAGAGACCACUGGAAGCCGAACACGUCGUCCCAGGCCUCGGCCAUGGGCAUGGACGAUCCCCUCGCCAAGCCCUCGCAGACGGAGGCCUCCUUCCUGAGGGAACAUCACACGCCCAAGUACGGUCGCUCGGAGACGGACACUGUAAAUGCACAAUCAGCGUCGGGAUGCCAGUGCUCGUCUAGAUCCAAGUCCGCCGAUCCGCCGCCAGUUAAAAGCCCCAUAUGUGUCUGCGACAAACGCGCUCAGGCACAAGUGUGCGGCAUGGUGGAGAGCAAGCCACCAUCCAGCCAACAAUCAUGCAGCUGCAAGAAGGACUCCAAAAGCAAGUCAGGUGGAGCCUUACUGUCUGCGGUGUCCACAUGUACGAAAGAGAUCCUCAAACCCUGUGGAUGCGGCAGUAGCAAAAAACCCUGCUACUGUCCGAAUCAAAGCAACAUCGUCGCAGGCCCAUCGAGCAGCAGGCAAGGACGCAGUAAACAGGUGACUGCUGAAAGCUCAAAGGCAACUGGAACAGCCUUAUUUUCCUGUAGCUGCGAUGCAACCGAAGAAUCCGAGCCAGAUCCGUGUGAACAGAAACUUAAACCAUGCGCCUCCAGGAGUCAACCGAAUAUGGCAGAUCAGAGUUACCAGAGCGGAUCGAUCUGGUUGUCAGCACUGAAGGAUGCCGAGGACGUAAAGCCGCCACCGGAGCCCAAGCGCCCCUGCCCGGCUCAGGAAUUUACCGACACAGCAGCUCAGACAUCCCGGGCCCCCUCUGCAGCCUCCUGUCCGCAGAGCCGCUACUACAACCCCAGCUUCGAGUCUAAAGGGAGUGCUCCGAAACCAGCACACCCUUGCAGUCAGCCGUCGUUUGGGACCGAAAAUCCCAGCUACGGGUCUAAAGUGAGUGGUCCAAAAUCAUCACAUCCUUGCAAUCAGCCGUCCUUUGGGAUGAACGAAGAGACAUCGGCGACGACGAGGUCGCGCUCAAUAGUGGGCAAGAUCACCUGCCUAUGCGCCUCGGAUGAGCAGCCAACAGUCGAAUACUGCACCGACCAGGGUCAGCAGCAGGAGGAUCAAAACAGUUUUAUGCCAUGUCCUUCGGCGAGGAUACAACACUCAUCCGCCUUCAAAGAUUACAUCAGUGGGGAGGCUGGCCCUACCAAAAAGUCCUCCUCAAAGAAAGUGUGCAUGGUUGAGGAUGAAAAAUUCUGCGACUGCAGUUCGGCUGAAUCGAUAAAGAAACCCUCCACAGCGACUUGUCAAGAUGAUAUCUCGGAAUGCUGUAAGGAAUGUGAGGAUUCGAAGUCUGGUCUCAUGGAGGCAAAGUCCUGCUGUACGGAAGAGAAGUCUGGUUGUAUCGAGCAACCGUCCGACUGUAUUAUAACCAGCUUAAAGACGCACCGGAGUAUUUCCGGCGGUAGUUGCAUGUGCGAUAAGGACGAAGAUGAAGAUCCACCUGCUGGGGAUCUGUCCCAGUCAGCGUGCGUUUUGAAGGACUGCAAGUGCUAUGUGAAGACCUCGAAGUACGACAUAUCCAUGCAGGGCUCCUAUAAUCAAUCAAAGCAGGGAGAUGAAAUGUGCAGCUGCGUCGACGGUACUGGCUUCCAGACCCCGGAAGAUGCCUGCGGGUUGAUCAAGAACAUGUGUGCGUCACGGAAGGAACGUGUCCUAGGACUCCUGGAUCAGCUAAGCAAGCCCAGUUGUGAUUGCGGCGUGAGCCGUGCCUCCCUUAUACAGCAGCUUUUCCGGGAGAUCACUCUGCUUCUCCGAUCAGAAAGGGAAUCCGCAAUAGCUCCGGCGGAAGAACCUCCGCCACCCGAGGUGGAAUUUGAAGAUUGCUGCACCACCCAGCAUGAGCGUGGCGGUGAAUCUCCGCCGAAGAAGGUCAAGACCAAGGCGGAGCUACGGCGAGAGGAGUGCUUCGAGGCCAUGGAGGAUUAUGUCCGAAGGUGUUACAUGCCCCGAGAACCCCCACCAAUUCCGGUGCAGGACAUUUACGGGUUCGAGAUUGAUCCUGAAUUCUGUCCCGAUGGUGUUCAGAUGGAUCCAACACAGUUUCUAAAAGAUCCUAAUGAUAAAUUUCAAGAGAUAGGCGACGUGAACACCUGCGAUGGCAACCCACCCGAUUGUGGCAAUUCACAGUCCCUAAGAGGGUCUGCCUCGGAGAAAGCUUCCAUUGUUGUUUGUGGGGAGAUGUAUCAGGACUGCCAGGGAUAUGAUGAGAAAGAUCCACCUUGCCAGUCAAAACCUUCUCAGAAUUCGGAAGACAGCAUUUGCCCAGAGCCUUCUAUAAAAGCAAAAAGGCCUUGA